GUUACACUUCCAGUCAAUACAGCUACAGUGGCGCACAUGGAAAUGCAGCUUCUUAUCUUGCCGCGUCACCCGUGUUCGAAGCUUCCACCGUUCACUGUUUUGUCAUUUUUCUCUCUCAAUUCAUGGAACGAUUCAAAGCAAGAACAUAAUUGUUGUCCGCCAGUGAUAAGCCUAAGAGGAAUGGUACGGAGCAAACGAAGGAUGCGAUGUGGGAUCGUAUCCGGAAAAGAUCCACCGUCGACGCCGAGGUUGAGGUCGACGAGACUAUCGGUUCUAGCGAUCAAAUCCCUCCCUUCAACAUUGCGGAUUCCGAUGACGAGGACCCCAUUCCACGGCCGAUCGGAAGAAAGAAGGCAAAAUCCAUUGCCUCGGGUUCGGGAGGGUCCGCCUCUGUUUCCGCUUCUCCCCGCGACGAAAUCGACCGGGCAAUGAUUGAACAACUUCGGGCGUUCAAUCUCCAAGAACAAGAGAGGUUGAAGCUAAAGGAGGAGUUGAAGCUAAAGGAGCAGGAGGCUGAGAUGAAAGUCAUGCAAACCGACCCCGGGACGUUGUCGGAGUUUGGACGAAUGAUCUAUGAGCAAAGAAUGAGAGAGAUCAAGGUGAAAUAUAAUUUACCUUAGUUUUUUUUAUUAAUGUAUCGUUUUUUAAAUUAUUGACGCUUUUUUUAUUUAAUGAAUGUAUUUUUUUAUUAUUCGUGUUUCAAUUUAAUUAAAUAAUAAAUUAAUUACAUUUUAUUAAUUUAAUUUUAGAAGAUGUAUAUUUAAAAAUGUAAAAAAUGAAGGUUUGAAGCCCAG